AUGCAGUGGGUGGCCGACGCCGUGAGCUCGCUGUUCUCCAGCGGGGAGGCGCAGGCCGAGUGCCAGCGCGCGGAGAGGGAGGGCCUGCAGCGCGAUGGCGUCCUGACCAAGGAGCAACUGAGGAAGUUUUUCGCGGCCGGGUACAAGAUGUUCGACAGCGAAGAUGUGAAGGCGAACCUCAAAGAGGCAGCCAGGAAGAGGCAGGAUGUGGGUUUCGUGGUCACUGAGCUGCAGAAAGAGAUAUUUGACUCCCUGGGAAUAGAUGGCAAAUACGGGAUCUCUUUCCUAGGGAAAAUAAGGGAGAAAUAUGGAGACGACGCUGAUUUCAUGAAUGAGCUGAUGACAUUUGUAGACAGGGAGGAGCUGGCUUUGGAUGAAGCUGAGCUGCCCGAUGACAAGCUCGCCAAGAAACUGGAGAUGCGGCAGCUCGCCAUGCAGCAGAUGACGUCCAUGAGGGAGCAGCUGCGCCACAUGAGCCCUGAGGAACAGGUGCAGUUCAUGCGGGGGCAGAGUGCGAUGAUAAAGGAAAUGAAUGUAAAGCACAAGGAGAUGUUUGAAAAGGCGGAGGCCAUGUCCCCAGAGGAGCGAAAGAAGUUCAUUGAAGAGCAGAUGGCCGUUGUGAAGAAAAGGUUUGGGGAAUUCAAGGCUGGGGCGUCCAUUCCACCAUCGUGCUCUGGACAUGGCCAUCCAUCAGCGCGGGUGGAGCCCUCUAUGGGGUCUGCGAUGAGCACUGAGGAGCAGAUGAACUUUUUCCGGUCUUUGAGCAAAGCUAAGCAGUGA